UAAAACCCUAAGUAACCACCCUCCCAUACAAAAAGAGUCUCUCCUUCUUCAUCUUCUUCAUCUCGCCGCUGCAGAAUCUCAGAUUCAGUUUUUUUGCAGCUGCGAUUAAUCACUUUUUUCUCUCUCUCUCUCUCUCUCUCUCCAUUCUCAACUAAGAAAACGAGACAGAAAAAAUGGCUCGCUCUUUCUCCGGCGCUAAGUCCGUUUCCUCUUUCCUCGCCAAUGAAAUCAGGAGAGGAUUUGCUGCGUCAACACAAGGUGUUGUUUCGGGAACCGUGAGAAGUGGAGCUCCGAAUGUGAUGUUGAAGAAAGGAUCCGAAGAGCCCUCCUCCAAAACUGCAUGGGUACCCGACCCGGUUACCGGGUACUACCGACCCGAGAAUCAGGGCAAUGAAAUGGAUCCUGCUGAGUUGAGGGAGAUUCUCAUCAAGAACAAAACCAGUGGAACUGGAAACUAACUAAAUCUGACGACAUGACCGAACCGGGUUUUUUUUCUGUUAAGAGCAUAAUAAUAGGUGUGUUCAAAAGCUCAAGGAAUAUUUUUAAUUAAUUAAUCAGUUAUUUAAAAAUAGAUAUUGUGGGAAUAAAUAGAUAUCCCUUAUUAAUAGCUUUUUACUUUCUCCUAUUUUAUUAUUAUAUAUGUUCCGUGGUGUGACUUGGUGUGGUGAAGGAUAUUUGUUACGUUUCUUAAUAUAAUAAUAAUAAAUUAUUUUUGAAUUUUAU